AUGUCGUCGUUCGACUUUCUCUCCGCCGCUGGCGCCGGCGCAGCUGCUUCUCCCGCCGCUGGCUCGGCUUCGGCUCCUGCUCCUGGCGCUGCCGGCACGACCGACGCUCGCGCCGCUGCCGGCGCAGCUGUCACAGGCUCCUUGCGACCUUUGCUCUUGAAUGUGCUCAAGGCGAGGUGGGAGAAUGCUGCACCGCUCGCUAGCCGCCCGGCUGGCGUCGAGCCGUCUGCAAGCAUCGACGAGGCGCAAGCGGCCCUGUCCGGGCUCGUCUUUCCCCCCGGCGGCCAGACUACAUUCGUAGACUACGCGCGCAACGUCAUCGCACUGCGUCGCGAGUUUCGCAAGUUGUUCGGACUGCCGCUGGGCCCAUACGGCGUUGCGCCAUUGAGCGAGGAGGAGCGCGCCGAGACUGACGAGAGCACGCUCAACCCCAUCAAGCUCGAUCGCGGAGAGCCCAUUAUUCCCAGAGGAAGGACGCCUGCCUCGUGGCGAGAGUGUCUCGAGGCGCUCGAGGCGGACGACGCGCACAUCCGCGAGUGGCAGCACUAUGAGCUCGCCAUCAACGAGCAGUACUUCUGGGUCGCUGAGAGGUGCCGCGCAGAGUACGAGGAGCAUCAGAAGAUCCUCGAGGAGUGCCGCGCACAGCUCGAGGCGCAUCAGGACGUCGCAGUGAUCGACAUCACGAGUGCGGAGCCUUUGACGCAAGAGCGGGCGGACGAGGGCCUUGCGGGGAUAGUUGAGGAAGUGCAGGGAGUCAAGAAGACGCUUGCUGAGAUCGCCUCGCUGGUGGGCGACCGCCAGGCGCGCGACGCUUACAUCCGCAAGUGGGCGGAGCAGGAGCUCAUCCUGAGCGCGCAGCGCAUCCGCGACGCCAAGAAGAAGCUCGCAGAGGCAGAGACCAACACGGCGGUGGGAGGCGACAAGUCCGGCGAGCCCGCAGCACACGCAGCCUCGACCUCGUCGACGUCGUCGGAGCGCAAGCACGCCAAGUCUGCGUCGGCCGGCAAGCCCGCGGCACACGCAGCUUCAACGUCGUCGACAUCGUCGGAGCGCAAGCACGACAAGUCUGCGUCCAAGAUCCGCGACGACCUUCGUCGUCCCGCCAAGACGGGCGAGACCGAGGCCAAGGACGAGAAGCGCUCGUAG